AUGUGCUCCCGGUCCAAUGGCGCCUAUGUGGCGCAGCAGCUUGGUACCCAAGCGCGACUCGGGCUGGUCAGCUCGAAUGCCCUGAACUUCGGCGAGGGUGUCUCGGAUUUGGAUGCCGACCUCAACAUCUUGCUCUUUCAGACAUCGCCGGAUGAGAGGGCCCUGUGUCUUGGCGAUGACGAGGGCACGUGCACCUCGACCGAUGGGUAUUCCACCCCGAUGGCUCCGGCCGAGGAGGCAGACCUCUCUCGCUCGGCUGUCGCCACAUUCAGUGCCGCCAGUCAGCCGGAGUGCUUCCGGUUCGUCGAUUUCGCCCGCGCGGAGGAGCGGCACGUCGCCCGGCGUCUCGAAGGUACCCUCCUUCAGGCCGCGGCAUGCGCCCAUCCGAAGGAUGGGUGUGCGCCGGGCGUCAUCUGA